GCCUCCGUGUUGGAAUGGGGGCGGGGUUUAGUCUCCGGGCUGUUCUGCUGUAUGGUCCGUGUUCACUGCAGACGCCACCGGGAGCUAACGGAGCUAACGGAGCUAACGUGCAGCACCGUCCGUCCAUUUCAACCACAUCACGAAACGGAUCGUAACAUCCGCUGGUGUCCAGAGGACCUCUUUUUUUCUAACACUGGUACCAACUACUUCAAGGACUCCAAAUGAGAAUGCCUCCUCCAAUGCGUCAUCGCUCUAUGCGAGUCUUCAUGAAUGAUGACCGCCAUGUGAUGGCCAAACACUCAGCCAUUUACCCCACACAGGAAGAACUGGAAGGCGUCCAGAACAUGAUCUCUCACACAGAAAGGGCCCUCAAAGCUGUGUCUGACUGGCUGGACAAAGAGGAGAAGGGUUGCUCUGAUGUAGCUGAUCCUGAAAAGGAAAGUGACCACAAAGAACUGGUGUCGCGCUCUCUGAGAGGCGUCAUGCGGGUGGGGUUGGUAGCCAAAGGGCUGCUGCUUAAGGGAGACCUAGAUCUGGAGCUAGUGCUGCUCUGUAAAGACAAACCUACUAUAUCCCUGCUUAAGAAAGUCGCCGACAAUUUAGUUACUCAGUUGAAGCCAGUGAUGGAGCUGAACGAGAAGCGCCGCGGCCUAAAAUACGAGCUGAUCUCAGAGACUGGAGGCAGCCAUGACAAGCGCUUUGUCAUGGAGGUGGAGAUCGAUGGGCAGAAGUUCCAAGGAACGGGUUCCAACAAGAAAGUGGCCAAGGCUUACGCUGCCUUGGCUGCUCUGGAGCAGCUCUUCCCUGAGGGCUCUUAUCCCGAUGCUGCUAAAAAGAAGAAAGGACCACCCAUGCACACCGGCUUUGGCAUGAUGGGAGCAGGAGACGGUGCCACACCCAGAGGAAGAGGAAGGGGGCGUGGAAGAGGACGAGGAUAUAACAAUGGAGGAGGUUAUGGACAAGGAGGUGGGUUUGGAACCUACGGUUACGGGAACAACUCUACCCCUGGAUACAAUUACUAUAACAAUGGUGGAACUAACGGGGGAAAUGCCUCUGUGAGCAGUCCCUCAGGCGGACCUCCUCCAAGCUCCUCCCCUGUAUCAGCCCAGGGCUCCUACGGCUCCUACUACUCCAAUGAGGGAAGCUACACUGCACCUGCUGCUAACAAGGCACAACAGAAGAAGAAGCAGCAGCCGCCUCCUCCCAUGCUCAAGGGAGGCAAGGUUCCUUAUCAGGGCUCCAACAACAGUAGUGGGUCGUCAGCAGGAUACCAGUCCCCUACUCCCUCAAGCCAGGCUUCCUAUAACCAGUACAACCAGGGCUAUGGGCAGGGAAAGAAGACCUUCAACCAGAGCCAAGGAGGCACAGGCGGGUACUCGUACAGCACUGCUUAUCCAAGUCAGGUGACUGGAGGGACACCAAGCAACCAGGACUACAGUUAUGAAGGCUUCAACAGUCAGUCCAGUUACAACUCUCAAGGAGGAGGGAACAACCAGAGCUUCAGCAACAGCCACAGUCAGUACCACAGCCAGUCAAACUACGGCCGAGGAGAGGGGAGCAUGAACUACCAGUACAGAUAGACUGUUCCUGCAAUUGUGUUGCAUUAGUGUCUCCUCCAGAUACAAGAUCAUUGGCUCACCUGUGCUCUCUGCCUUUUUCAUGUUCGCUUCUUGUGCUUUGGGGUAUAAAUGUAGCACACAUGGGCACACAAGCAGUUGUCUGGACAUUUGAGUCUGAGUAGAGUUGUGGUUGAAUGUGGUGACCUGUUUUUGUGAUCUGGUCAGUGCAAAUUGCUGUUUUUAAUGUUGUUUUGUUCAUUUUUUAAUAACUGUUAAACUUCUUUAUGUCCUAGCUGGUUUUACUUGCUGACUCAAUCAGCUAAACUGUAAAACAUGUAUUUUAUUUUAUUUUAUUUUUUAUAAUAAUCAAUAGAGCUAAAAAGUGUUCAUUUACUUUUUUGGUAAUGUUAUCAUUUUAGUUCUGUUUUAGUUAUUAACCUGCAGAAUACUGGAUAAUUGUUGCUCAGUAGCUUGGACUGAGUAAGAUGUUUCUGUUCUUGUAACAGUGUGACUGUAGUAAUAAAACUAUUUUAUUUUGAAAUGA